AUGAAUAAAUUUAAAACUGCGAUCAAGUUUGGGAAAAUCAGGGUGCUUAAUGUCGCAGAGAAGCCAUCUGUUGCAAGGUCUAUAGCAACUGUACUUGCUCGAGAUCACACAAUAGAAGAAACCAAAUCUCCAUAUAACAAAUUAUUCAAAUUCAAUUUUAAGCUUGGAGAAUAAGAUGCGGAGAUGUGGAUGACAUCUGUUACAGGACAUUUAAAGAAUUUGAAAUACCCUAAGUAAUAUUAAAAAUGGGAUAAAUGGGAUCCUCUAAUUAUAUUAAAAGAUGCAGAAAUUGAAAAUGUUAUUUCUUAUGAAAAGAGAUUUUUGGAGGAGAAUUUAUAGCGUUUUGCAAAAUAAUGUAGUCAAUUGAUCCUCUGGUUGGAUUGUGAUAGAGAAGGUGAAAAUAUUGCAUUUGAAGUUCUGGAAGUUUGUAAGGCUACAAACCCAUAAAUAAAAGUACAUCGAGCUCAUUUUUCAGCAGUCACAUAUGUCGAUAUUAAAAAAGCAUUAGAGAAUUUACAAUAGCCAGAUGAAAAUUUGUCAAAUUCUGUACUUGCUAGACAGGAAAUUGAUCUAAGGAUAGGAGCUUCGUUUACUAGAUUUCAGACUCUACUAUUAUAAUAGCAAUUCAAUUUGUCUUCCAUAGUAAGUUAUGGUCCAUGUUAAAUACCUACAUUAGGAUUUGUUGUCUAAAGAUAGAAGGAGAUUGAUUCAUUUGUAAAGGAGAAGUUCUGGUUUAUUUAAUGCGUAGAUUAAACUGGAUGUGAAUAUAAUUGGAGUAGAGGGAAUAUUUUUGAUGAAAUGAUAGUAUUGUUAUUAUUUGAAAGAUGCUUUACAGAAUAAGCAUAAGUAACUGAUGUAUAAUAAAAAGAAGUAUAAAAAUGGAAACCAUAUCCUUUAUCAACAAUUGAGUUUGAAAAAUUAGCUUCAAGAAAACUUAAAGUAUCAGCACAUAAAGCAAUGGAUCUAGCUGAAAAAUUAUAUAAUAGAGGUUAUAUUAGUUAUCCCAGAACUGAAACCAAUAAAUUCCCACCGACUAUUAACUUAUAAAAUAUUAUAAGGGAUCAGAUUAACCAUCCUGUAUGGGGACAAUAUGCAUAAAACUUAAUUCAUUCAAACUUUGAUUAACCUAGAGCUGGAAAUAAAGAUGAUAAGGCUCAUCCUCCAAUACAUCCAGUUAAAAUGAUGUCUGAAUCAGAUGCUCAAACCACAUAGGAAUGGGAUAUUUAUUAACUAAUUACAAGACAUUUCUUAGCAUGCUGCUCUAAGAAUGCAAAAGGAUCUGAAACUACAAUUAAUUUAUAAGUAAAAGAGGAAUCCUUCUACAAACAGGGUUUGAUUAUUACUGAAAAGAAUUUCUUAGAAAUUUAUCCUUAUGAUGAAUGGUCAUAAUCAUCAGUUCCAAAAUAUAAUAUAGGGGAUAUAAUCUAAAUAAACUUAAAAGUUCAAAAUGGUAAAACAUCUCCUCCUAAACCAUUAACCGAAGCAGAAUUAAUUGGAAUGAUGGAUAAAAAUGGCAUUGGAACUGAUGCAACCAUUCAUGAACAUAUUAAUACUAUUUAAGAAAGAGAUUAUGCAAUUAAAAAGGGUUAAAUUAUCAAGCCAACAAAACUAGGGUUAGCAUUAGUUGAAUCCUAUGAGGUACUAGGUUUUACACUACAUAAACCACAUUUAAGAGCACUAAUGGAAUAAAGAAUGAAUGAAGUAGCAUAGGGAGUUAAAUAGAAAAAUGAAAUAGUAGAAGCAACAAUUAAAGAAAUGAGUGGAAUAUUAUAGGAAUUAUAAUAAAAAAAAAAUUUGAUCAUAUAGACCUUUGGAUAAUAUUUAGAAGCUUUAAAGGAUUAUGAUGAAAAUAAUGAUGAUGAAAAUCCUCAAAAUAGGGAACCCAAUUAAUAAUUAUAAUAACAAUAAUAAAGAAAUAAACCAACAAAAAAGGAAUAAUAAUAAUAAUAGCAAUAAUAAUAAUAAAACUUUUAGUAAAAAUGUAAUACAUGCGGUACUUAGCUUGUAGAAAUUAAAUAAACAAAUGGAUCAAUACUAGAGGUAUGCUUACAAUGCAGAUAAGCUCAAGAAAAAUCUUAACCUACUAAUACUUCUAACUUCCAGACAAAAACUUUCAAAACAUAAACCAAUCAUAAUAAUGAAGAAACUUUCAAAUGUAAUUAGUGUCAUAAAUAAAUGAAAAUUAGAUAAUCAAAAAUAAAGAAUUCUUAUUUUUUUGGUUGUCUGGGCUAUCCUUAAUGUAAUUAGGCGAUAUUCUUACCUGAUUCUAUCAAAUCAAUAUAAAGGACAGAAAAAAAAUGUAAGAAGUGUAAUUCAAUUCUAUUUCAAACAGAAUACUCUGAGAAUUCCACUUUAUAACAAAAAUCUCAGUUGCUCUGUCUAUUUCCUGGUUGUUCUGAAGGUUUGAAAACUGAAUGGAGAAAUUAAAGCAAAGAAUCUUAAUAAACAAAUCUAAACUAUUCGAAAACAAAAUAGGGUUACAUUAAACAGUAAGUUUAAUGCAAAAAAUGUAAUGGUUUUGGACAUCUAGAAGAUGUGUGUAAUAAUAAUACUAAAACCAUGAUUUCCUUAAUAGAGACCAAUUAAGAGGAUAAAAAAGAUAAACUCUGCCCUUCAUGUGGUGUUACAGGUAGACAUCCAAAAGGUUCCACUUGCCCUAUGAAAAGAGUGAAGAAGAAAAAUUAAUGA